GGGGACCCUGUCGGAAACAACUGCCGCCGCCGCGUCUUUCAUCUCUUCUGGGGCAGGGGCCAGGGCCAGGUUUUACACAUCUGUAAGUAGACCUUUUUGGAGCUCUGCAAGCCAACUCAAUGGCGUCCUCUACUACUGUGCCUCUAGGAUUUCACUAUGAAACAAAGUAUGUUGUUCUCUGCUACUUGGGACUCCUCUCUCAGGACAAGCUGCAAGAGCAACAUCUUUCCUCAGCCCAAGGAGCCCAACAAGAUGUAGCUUCACAAUCUCUGGAUCAAGAAAUUUUAUUAAAAGUUAAAACUGAAAUUGAAGAAGAGCUAAAAUCCCUGGACAAAGAAAUUUCUGAAGCCUUUACCAGCACAGGCUUUGACCGUCAUACUUCUCCUGUAUUCAGCCCUGCUAACCCAGAAAGCUCAGUAGAAGACUGCUUGGCUCAGCUUGGAGAGAAAGUGUCACAGGACCUGAAAGAGCCUCUACAGAAGGCGUUGCAAAUGCUCCUCAGCCAGCCAGUGACAUAUCAGGCAUAUCGGGAAUGUACACUGGAGACCACAGUUCAUGCCAGCGGCUGGAAUAAGAUUUUGGUGCCUCUGAUUUUGCUACGACAAAUGCUUUUGGAGUUGACAAGACGUGGUCAAGAACCUUUGAGUACAUUGCUGCAGUUUGGCGUGACAUACCUGGAGGACUAUGCAGCAGAGUACAUCAUUCAGCAAGGUGGCUGGGGCACUGUCUUUAAUCUUGUGUCAGAGGAGGAGGAAUACCCUGGAAUUGUUGCAGAAGACAGCAAUGACAUUUAUAUCCUGCCCAGUGACAACUCUGGACAAGUCAGUCCUCCAGAGUCUCCAACUGUGACAACUUCUUGGCAGUCAGAGAGUUUACCUGUUUCACUGUCAGCCAGCCAGAGUUGGCACACAGAAAGCCUACCAGUGUCCCUAGGUCCUGAGUCCUGGCAGCAGAUCGCAGUGGAUCCUGAAGAAGUCAAAAGCUUAGAUAGCAAUGGAGCUGGAGAGAAGAGUGAGAACAACUCUUCUAAUUCUGACAUUGUGCAUGUGGAGAAAGAAGAAAUACCUGAGGGUAUGGAAGAGGCUGCUGUGGCAUCUGUGGUCUUGCCAACCAGGGAGCUGCAAGAGGCAUUCCAUGAAGCCCCAGCUCCCUUGCUUCCACAUAUCACUGCCACUUCCUUGCUGGAGAUGAGGGAGCCUGACACAGAGAUGACUGCGGUUGAGAAAGUCAGCCCUGCUACCUCUCUGUGCGUAGAACUUGAUGAAGAAGAGGGGAAGGCAGCGACAGUUGAACCUAGUGAACUGGAGGAGCAGGUGGUCCCUGCACUGGAACCCAUGAAAACACUGCUGAGUGAAGAGGAGAGAAAUGUCAGGAAGGAGAGUCUUACAGAAGUGCUCUCCCCUGCUGGAGAAGAGAAGGCCAUGCCAUUGUCUGAGAGCAAGUCUAUACUGCUGUUUGGAGGGGCUGCCGCUGUUGCCAUCCUGGCAGUGGCAGUUGGGAUAGCACUGGCUCUGAGAAAGAAAUAGCAGAUUUUUUAGAAGAGAACGAAGACAAAAAGGAUAUAAGGUUUUAGUUGUAUUGACUAAAUUUGAACCGCCAGCAGCUGACUAGACAUUUGUGGAACACUCUGGGAUAAUUUAGGACUUCUGCUCAACAAGGCAGUGGAUUGAUCCACAUAUUAGGGCUUAAGGUAGAGGGUGUUCACCUUUGUCUGAUUGUAAGUUCCAAGGGUCUUGGCUCAUGCUAGAUUCAGAAACUUAUGAGUAAAGUACUCCCUCCAGAACGGGGUUUCUCAACCUUGGCAUUAAUGACAUCUUGAUAAUUCUUUGUUGUAGGAGGCUGUCCUGUGCAUUGUAGAAUGUUUAGCAACAUCCCAGGCCUCUACCCACUAAAUACCAGUAGCACCCUUCCCCUAGUUGUGACAACCAAAAAUGUCUCCUGACAUUGCCAAAUAUCCCCAAUCGUUCCCCAUGAGAGAGCCACAGCUUUAGAGAGGGAGGGUUAAUUUAGGAGAAUCUGGGAUAGAAAUCACCAAGCAAGAGAGCUUAGCUGUGUGCUCCUCAGCUAGGGACUUGUUCCUGCCCUUGGAAUUUCAUCUUUCCUGAUGAACAUGCUGUGUUUUGCAGCCAUUCCUUUUUGGCUCUUCUUUUCUUCCCCACUUCUUAGUCCUGUAGCGUGAGAGUGCUCUCCCCUUAUGUCUCGGCUGUGUCUCAGGUACUGCGGCUCCUCCUCACCCCCAGGUUCCUUCUCAGAUCCCUUGGGUGAGUCCUUGCUCUGUACUCGUCAAGUCCGUGAUGCUUCCUACAGCUACACCUUGUGAAGAUGUUGCCUUUAGUAGUCUUAAAAAAAAUAAAUAUAAAAUAAAAGAGAUCUAAGGUUCCCUGCCUAUGAGUGCGAGGGCAAGUAAUUCUGGCUAGAGAGAGAUUUGUCUUAUUCAGAAGCAGGAGAAUGGCUUAGAUGACUGUUGAGGUCUCUUCUGGCCCUUUAGUGUAUGGCCAUCCUACUGAGCUUAUGCUUACUUCCCAGCAGCAUCUUUGUUGCUGGAUGGUCACUGUCUAUAACUUGGGCUAGUGUGUUUUCCCAGUAUCUGGCCUCAGUCUUCUUAUUGGUCAGCCCCCUCCUCUGUAGUCUCUUGCCACGUGGUAAGGAUUUUCACACUCUGGCUUACAGACCAACUGAAUCUUAAUUCAUAUUAAAUACAGAAAGUAUCCUAAAUAUCAUUGAAAUGAAAAGUAGGAAAAGAGAAACUUGAAUUUCUCGAGGCUACCCUAGAGAUCCUAGUUUGGCUUUCAGAGUUCGAGAAUGGAGGCUUCUUUGCUGAACUCUUCAGUCCAAGUACCAGAGUGAUAAACCAAAAUGAUCCUAAUCAAUAUGUGUUAGUUGAGACUCAGCAUAAUUUUCUUUCAUCUGGCCGAUCCCUUCCCUAAAGGAGGGGGGGGGGGGCGGGUGGGACUGUGUCCUUGCAUGCCUGAUGAUCAGUGUUACUGUGCAGGACACACAUGCUUGAUACAAGUCAUCUCAGAUUUAUCUUAGUAAAUGUAACAAAUUACUUUUUAGAUCCUGAAAUUUGUAAUAAAAUUACUUUACCUACCCUGAUCACCCAAA